UCACAGAAGUGAUUACACAUUUAAGUCAGCAGGUGUUAUAGUGAAAAUUUCCAAUCAAGUUUUUUUAAUAAUUCCUUUUAAAUCGUACGCCAAUACUUUAACAUUUUAACGGGUCAGUGAAAAAAGAGAAUAGCGAUAGUCGGCGGCGGAUGUGCGCUUGGUAUGGAUUGUAUGCAUUGAAAAUGGAUCCACAUUCUAGGAGUACUAUUUGGAAGACCAAUGGCAAUAUUUGAAAGACCCUUCGGUUAUAGACACAAACUCGAUGACACACAGGCGAUAAUUUGCGUAAUUGAGACAGCACAGGAAGUGAACGGCCACACGGAGUAUUUAUUGCGUUUGCAGCGUGGCGCAAAUAAAGAAAAUUGUUGGAAGAUUUUGCGUCGCUACAAUGACUUCGCUGAGUUGCACAAAUGCCUCUGCAUAUCUGGUAUCGAUCUGCCCAUGCCAGGCAAAAGGCUUUUUGGUAAUAUGCGGCCAGACUUCAUAGCUGAAAGAAGACAAGCAUUACAGGUUUACAUAAAUACAGUACUAAUGAAUCCCAUUUUGGCAUCGUCAUUGCCGGCCAAACGGUUCGUCGAUCCGGACAGUUACUCGCAAUCCUUUCAUGAUCAAGCAGUGCAAAAUGCUAUGCUAUGUUUACGCAGCGAGGGUAUUUGGACAUUGGGCGGCACACUUGGUCCCAUAGGUUGGCGUUUACGCAAACAUUACUUCAAAGUAUCACCGAAGCCACCAGAAAAGACUGGCAACAAGUUACUCGUAAAAAGUGGCUCACAAACACAUCAAGGCAAACACUUUGCUGCGUCGAGCAGUAAUGGUGGUGGGGGUGGUGGUAGCAGUAGUGGCUCAAUAGAUGGUGGCAAUUUAGAUCCGUCUGAGCUUGUUUUAGAAUGGAUCGAAUAUGGACCCGAUAAGUAUAUAGACGAAAAGGAAAUGAGUGGCAUACUGAAGAGUCUAUCAGGUUUACAGCAUCCACAUAUUGAGCCAAUCGUGUAUGCGGCACACAACGAGAAUGGCUGUAUAGCUGUGCGUAGAUUUUAUAAACAAGGCACAUUGAAGGAUAUAUUAUGUAUGGCAACGCCAAAAAAUCCAUUCCUUAGUAAGUACGGUAAUCCAAAGGGCCGAACGGCGCUAACCAUGAAACAAGUAGCGAUCUAUGGACGUCAAAUACUGGAGGCUUUAAUAUUUAUACAUUCAAAAGGAUAUCCAUAUGGUCACUUACAUGCCGGCAAUAUUGUCAUCGUUGACGAUUGCGUAAAAUUAUUGGACAUCGAGAAUUACGUUUUAGGCGUACCCGCAUUCUAUCGACCUUUCUUUGUGCAGCACAGUAAAAUCCACUCUGUCGAAGCUAUAGAUGUGUACAGCUUUGGACAUGUGCUCUUCGAAAUGGCUAUGGGCUAUCCACUGCAGGAAUCGGUAGUGCGUCAAAUUAACGAAUGUCCAGAAUCUUUAAAGAACCUCUUGGAGAGUAUACUGUCAAAAGAGUCAGUUAGAGCUGGUUUACCAACGCUACAGCAACUCAUUAGCCAUCAAUUCUUUGCGCAGCAUGCUAGUAGUGCGGCUGGCGGGUUUAGUUGUUGCAAUGAAGAUUCACGGCGAACGCAUUUUAAACUCUCACUAAAUGCCAAGGAGUUUUUAAAGCAAGCCGCGCUGAAAGCUGAGUUAAGACUGCGUGAGGAACAAAAAUCUGUUAAAAAUCAAAAACGUAUUGUGCGUGUGCAGGAGAUGAUGAGCUCCGAGGAGGAGAAACGCAAAUCGAAGCAGAGAGCGAAACUUGAGCAUAAACAGUCAAAACUGAAACAACAAGGUUCACUGCAAGCGGGCAAUGGGCGUUUAUCACUUUCCGCCGCUAGUGGCUCGGCAGCGCUUGGCACUUUUGCCGCUGGCGUCGCACCAUUCGAACGCACGGACAGCGUAUUAAGUAUGCAUAUGCCAAAGGAGGUGAAUACAGCGCCUUCUACUGCUUCCAACACGGACAUAAAAUCUCCACCACCUACUCCAUUUGUGCAACAACAUGCACAAGCGCAACAACAGCAACAAGAGCAGCAGCAGUCGCAACAACAACAACAACAACAUUCUGCUACAAAACAAAUAACUUUUUUGGCAAAUAUCGAACGUCAAGCAUCAACACCAAAUAUUUCCACAGACACCGAACAAAGCGGUGAUCCCACACGUUCGGCACUCCUAGAGUCGAUUUGUAAAUUUAAUCGUGGCUCAUUGCGUAAAGUGCGCUCUAAUGACUAGAAAUAACUAACCAAAAAAUAUAGUACAUAGCAUAUACUAUAAAUAUGUAUGUACCAUAUGUUAUAAGCGUGCUGAAGAGGACGGGAACCAACUGUUCCUUUUCAUAUUGUUUCAUGCACAAUAAUUCCAGCCAAAUUCAAUCACCACCUCCAGAAUAAAAGCUUUUAUAUAAUAUAACAACACUUUCUAAAAUGCAGCAUCUAAAUAUUUAAUAGUGAAAUCAAAAAAAGAGAAAAUAGAAACUCAAAGUAAUCGAUAAUAUAUAUGAAUUUUACACGUGCUAGUAUCGUUGUUAACGUACAUAAAUGUAUUUAAAGUAAAGUAUCAGAACCACUGUUUAAUGUCAUAAUACUAACUGUAAAACUGUAUUUCACCAAAUAUGUAAACAAAAUAGUGAUUAAUAUAGUGGAAUUCAUAUAUAUAUAUUUAUGUAUAGUCUAUACAUAUGUAUGUACAAUUAAGUGUGGUGUUGUCUUUGUAAAGCCUCCAUUUACGCUUUUUACAUAUUUGUCACAAUUAGUCAAAUGCCAUGGAAAAAAUAUGUAUUAAAUACUAGUGUUUUUUAUACAGUUAUGUUUUAACUUUUAUUAUACAAUUUUUUUGAAAUCAAAGCUGUUAUAUAUUUUAACUUUUUUUCUACAAAUUAUUUGAAAAUUUAUUAUUUAUGAUGAUAAAAUGAUUUAAAAAGAAAGCAAACUUUUUUGCGCAGCUCUUUUAUCCAACUUAUGGUAUUGUUGUUCAUUAAUGAUUUUAAAGACUUCGAAAAAAAAAUUCUUUUAAAUUGCUUUUAUUUAAAACUGUAUGCCAAAAAUAAUUGUUUGUGUUUAACAUAUUUCUCGAAACAAUGUUACUUUAUUCAAAACUUUGUUUUUUUUAGACUUAAAUAUGAUUUUGUAUAAUUUAUAUAUUCUUCUGUAAACAGUUUUAUUCUAAUUUUAAGUAUAAUUUUGUUCAAUAUUUUAUACUCGAAACUCAAACCGAAAUUUGUACAUACAUACAAGAAAAACAGUUCCUUCAUAAACAACAAAUUUUGAAACAACAAAAUGCGUAUUAUUUUCUUUCAUUCCAUUUAAUUUAUUUUUUUUUAAUGUUUUAUUUUAUAAUAAUGAUUUAAAAAAAAUAUUUUUUUCACAAUGUGUUCUUUUUAAUAAUGAUUUAAAAAAAAAAAUUUACCAAUGUUUUAUUUUAUGAAAAUGAUUUAAAAAAGUUUUACAUUUUUUACCAAUUUUUUUAUUUUUUAAUAAUGAUUUUAAAAAACUUAAGGUUAUACCUUUGUUUUUUAAAUUUUAACUUAAAAAAUGCAUACAUUUAGGCGCAUUACCACUAUUUCAGCUUUUUGUAACUGGGAACUACACACUCGAAUAUAACUUCGAAAUUUCAAUAUUUAUGAAAUCUAAUUAUAAACAAUUCCAAAACAUAUGUUUUUGUUUUAUUAAAUUUUUUAUGUGCUUUAAAAUUUGUUUAUAAAUUAAAAUGCUUUAUUUUCAAAUUUUCUUUUAUUUCGAAAAUCACUACACAUUACUUGAGCACAAUUUUACUUAAAUAACAUAAAUUAUUAGAAUAAAGUAAUACUUCGAAAAUCAAAAAUAUUCACCACACAUAUUAGACGCACUAGCUGCGCUCAUUAGAUGAAUCACUCAAUACUCACCAUGAAACUUCCAAUUCCACUCUUUAGCUACGUAUAAAAUAGUAAUAUGAAGAAGCA